CUGCCGGAUGAGUUACAGUGUUGCGAAAGAAACCCGACACGUCCAGCACGCUGUGUUUGUGUGUCAAACGGUUUCACUGAACCGAGCCGAACCGAGCCAAGCAGACACAGCAGGACUCAAAGAAGAAGAAGUGGCUGCAGGAGAAGAGAUACCUUUUGGUGGAGUGAAACUUGUGAACGAGAAAAACUCAACGAGAAGAAGAAAUGGAGAAAUCAAACGACUUCUCGUCGGACCGAAACAUCCUCUGCCUGUUUGACGUGGACGGUACUUUGACACCACCUAGAGAGAAAAUUGACCCACAGCUGGAUGAGUUUUUCCAGACUCUGCGGAGGAAAGUGAAGAUCGGCAUUGUGGGAGGGUCGGACUACUCCAAGAUAGCAGAGCAGCUCGGGGAGGGGGAUGACGUCAUACACAAAUUUGACUAUGUAUUUGCUGAGAACGGGACAGUGCAGUACAAAGAUGGGAAACUGCUCUCAAAACAUGCCAUUCAGAACCAGAUUGGGGAGGAGCUGCUGCAGGACCUGAUCAACUUCUGCCUCAGCUACAUGGGGCUCAUCAAGCUGCCAAAGAAAAGGGGAACUUUCAUUGAGUUCAGGAAUGGAAUGCUCAACAUUUCCCCCAUUGGUCGGAGCUGCACACUGGAGGAGCGAAUCGAAUUCUCUGAAAUCGACAAGAGAGAGAAGAUCAGGGAGAAAUUUGUUGCUGCCCUGAAAGAGGAGUUUGCUGGAAAGGGACUACGGUUCACUAGAGGUGGUCUCAUCAGCUUUGACAUUUUCCCAGAGGGCUGGGACAAGAGACUGUGUCUAGAGCUGCUGGAGACUGAAGGCCUGCACGCCAUCUACUUCUUUGGCAACGAGACCUCAGAUGGAGGAAACGACUAUGAAAUUUUCAACGAUCCACGGACCAUCGGUUUCACAGUCUACUCUCCGAAGGACACGGCCAGGCUCUGUCGGGAGCUUUUCUUUGAUGCUCCACCACACGAGUCCUGAUGUCCUGAACUACUCCCACCCUGAUCCCUUUACCCACAAACCCCUCUGAAUUCCCACCUGUGGGUCUCUGCGGGUAUGACAACCAGCAACUCGAGCCCAGCCUGUUUAUGAACUGUUGAAAGGUAACACCACUGAUUUUCUCCAUAUUAUAUAAUAUGAUUACACUAAAUACAAAUGGACAGCAGCGGGGUGAUUUGACUGAAUUUGUACAAUAAAUCAAUAAAGGACAGUAACUGAGGAAGUGUUAAAGGUUUAAGUACUGUACCAGAAGAUUGACUGCAGUGUCGCACCACUGCGAUGUGUAGCCUGUAACAUAAAAUUAACCAAGAGGCUUAGAGAGAUUAUAAAACAUUCUGCUGUGUGGAUAGUUAUUACUCCAAAUUACUUAGAGUAUAGAAUAAUGUUUUGCACUAAUGUUGGAAUCAUUUUAUGCCAAUUGUUGGUAUGGUCUUGUUGAUCAUUGCUGAAGGAGAAAGUGAGAGAGUGAUAUUAAAACAGGUGAGGAAAGUUUUGCUUGUUUUGUGAGGAAAUAAAAAUAUCUAGAAUGAAGCAUUUAAGAAGAUCUAGGGCUUUCCUGCGCUACAGCUGAGGUUAUAUGAAUCAUUCCAGGUAUUGUAAUGUCUCUACAGCGCUCUGAACGGGAUGUGAAUUAUUGUUGGUUUACUGCGUGAUCCUCUGAAUGUCAAAUGUCUGUUUUAACCUCACAAAGGUACUGGAAGUUUGCUCGCGCAGCUUGUUUUGCUUCUCUAGGUUCUUUAAGCGCAUUAAAGUGAAGAUUGAUAUUUAAAACUGAACAUUACUGACUCAUUGAAUUCAUCAUAACCAGUGAAUUAAGCUAAUGUGACCAAGUCACUCUAUAAACUGUUGUCAGUCGAUGUGACAGCUUUUUAUGUAAAAUAUUUUUACAAGCUGUAUAAUGGCCUGCACGCUGUAUACUGGGUGACUGUAUGUAUUGAUGCUUAUUGCUUGAUUCCUUCUUGCUAAUUGUUUUCCGAUGAAUGCGGUUCUCAACGGAUGCUUAAAGGGUUUUUUUAGAUAACUUUUUAAAAUGUGAUAACUACCACUUUUUUCCCAUGUUCAGUCAUUCUGUCAUGGUUCAGAAAAAGAAUGCCUCCUUUAUGGAUUAUUAUUGUAAAUAUGAGGCUUUUAAUAAAUCAGCUACAUCAGCUGUAGUUCUGCGUCCGACUGUUAACACUCCUUCAACCUCAAAGACUACAAGGAUCAUGUAGACAAGACUUUUAUGCACAGCAGAGAACUAGCUUUUAAUGUGUUACUAAUGCUAGCUGUAAGAUUGGUCAUGUUGUCAAGUCAUUUUUAUGAAUAAAAAUGGAUUUUGUGUCAAUUAAUUGUAAUAAAACUUUUCUCUCUG